AUGCAUAGCCGGGUGAUCAAUAGGGGUCCAUUCAAGAGGAUGUUGAACAGGGAGCUGUCUAACCUGUCUCAGAUGAGUCGCUCGGGGAACCAGGUCUCUGAGUUUAUCUCCAGAACCUUCUUAGACAAGCAGCAUGGUGCGGAGAGGCCAUGCCCCCAGAUGCAGAAGGUGAAGAUGGACAAGAAGAAUGCCAAGCCCAUGUGUCAGAUGAGUGGUGUGAAGAGGCUGCAGCACAGCACUAGCCUCUCCAACUCUAAUAUACCCCGUUUUGGGGUCAAGACCGGGACAGAUGACAAACUGGCAACGGAGCUUGAGGACAUCAAUAAAUGGGGCCUUAAUCUUUUCAAAGUCACCGAGCUUUCGGGGAACCGGCCUUUAACAGUAAUCAUGUACACAAUUCUUCAGGAAAGACAUUUAUUUAAAACAUUCAAAAUACCAUUAGACACCUUUAUAACCUACCUGAUGACUCUAGAAGACUAUUACCAUGGUGAUGUAGCCUAUCACAAUAACAUCCAUGCUGCUGAUGUCACCCAAUCCACUCACGUGCUUCUGUCCACGCCUGCUCUAGAGGCUGUGUUCACAGACCUGGAAAUCCUAGCUGCCAUCUUUGCCAGUGCUAUUCAUGACGUAGACCACCUGGUCUUUCCCAUGAUUUGCAACUCAGAGCUGGCCCUCAUGUACAAUGACUCGUCAGUCCUGGAGAACCACCACCUGGCCGUGGGCUUCAAGCUGCUGCAGGAAGAGAACUGUGACAUCUUCCAGAACCUGACCAAAAAACAACGUCAGUCGCUCAGGAAAAUGGUCAUAGACAUAGUACUAGCUACUGACAUGUCCAAGCACAUGAAUCUUCUGGCGGACCUGAAGACCAUGGUGGAGACCAAGAAAGUCACCAGCUCUGGAGUUCUACUACUAGAUAACUACAAGGACAGGAUACAGGUACUCCAGAACAUAGUGCACUGUGCAGACCUCAGUAAUCCCACCAAGCCCCUGCAGCUGUACCGCCAGUGGACCGACCGCAUUAUGGAAGAGUUCUUCAGCCAGGGGGACAGGGAGAGGGAGAGAGGCAUGGAGAUCAGCCCCAUGUGUGACAAACACAACGCCUCUGUACAGAAGAGCCAGGUGGGGUUCAUCGACUACAUCGUCCACCCACUGUGGGAGACGUGGGCUGACCUGGUGCACCCUGACACCCAGGACAUCCUGGAGACUCUGGAGGACAACAGGGAGUGGUACCAGAGCACCAUCCCCCAGAGCCCCUUGCCCGCCCCGGACAAAUCUGACCACAGCAGCGGCCGCCUCCCUGGGGCCAAAUUCCAUUUCGAGCUCACACUGGAGGAGGACAGAGAGACGGACACGGAGAAAGACAGCAGGAGUCAACCGGAGGAGGGGGAAGAGGAGGAGAAUAGUUGUGACUCGAAAACGCUCUGCAUGCAAGACUCGGAAUCCACAGAGAUCUUGUUGGAUGAAGAGGAGGAAGAAGGUGAAGGAGGACGCCGUGUACCGAGUAUGGUGGAGUUAGUGGAGGGAGAGGGGAAAGGGAAAGAGAAGGGCGAGGAGGAGCAGAGAGCGGCUGAUACAUAGCAGCAGGCGAAACGGUGCAGGUUGCCAAACUGCGAAAGAGAGACUGUCACGUUACGACAACAUCUCAAGGGAUGAGGUGAAUACUAGUAAUUGCCAUGAUAUCAGUAACACUGAGUCAUCAUGAGUUCCAAAGCGCACGUUGCCCUGCUCAAGCGCAGGCCUCUCCUCACUACACUCCGACUAGAGGCGAUAUGGGGGCACAGACCCUCCCCUCCCCUCAAGACUCCCUUCCUUGGAGCUCCACACUUUUGCACUCAAGAAAAUGUGUCAACUUUAUUGCCUCCAUUUUUGUUUACGUUCUUGUUUGUUCAGCCUGUCGGGAGUGAGGUGUAUGUCUGUCGAUGCCCAGUGGGUUUGAGUUUAAAGGCCAAACUCCACCUCCCACCUCUUCUCUAGCUCCUCCCACUUCUAGUCAGUGCAGGAAGUGUUCUUUGAUUCCCUGACUGAGCACAUGGGCAACAAAUAGGAUGCUUGGAACAGUCCCAACUGUAGCAUCAUUGAACAGACAAAGACGGGGAAAAAUGGACUGCAAGGUGACCCCGGUCCACUAAUACGAUCUGAAAAACCUAUAAUGGAUAUUAUAAGGAGAGACAAAGACAUAUGUUGUGAGAUGAUUUCAAAGACACCUUUUUUCUAAAGUUCGUCUUCCUUGAAAACCUACUGGUAGAAAAUGCAGCCAAAAUGCUGUUUUUGACCUCCUCAGUUUUGUACAUAAAACUGAGAUUUUUUUGUAGAUUGUACUUUUGCUAACAGAGAGACAGAAAGAGAAAAAGCAGAGGAAGAUUUUCAAUUGAGAAUCUUCGUCAUUUAUUGCAACCAUUUUGAGAAGAGGUAUGUAGCAUCAUAAUGGGUGUGGUCUUUCCUGCAAUGUGUACUUGUACUGAGUGGAUAUGACUAAGGUCUUUACACUCAUUCUGCUUUUUUGUUAUCUUUUAUAACUUCUCACCCAGGUAUUUCAGAUAGUGGUAUCUUAUAUGAACGUGUGGUAUUCUGCUUGAGAGCUUUGGGGUUAUUCGUGUAACUUUACUGCAGGUUUAAAUUUACCACCUGUAAUUAUUUUUCAAAACAGAAAGAAGCUGGUAACUACUGACCUUAAGAAUAUUAUAAUAAUAAUAAUGAAUAAAGUGCUUAUGCCAUUUUUCCAUUUGAAUAUGAUAUGUCUUGUAAACAUCCUGAGUAUGAUGCAUGUAGCGAUCAGUUCUAUCCAAUCAAACUUACUAUACAAAUAGAAUAUCCAAUCUAUCUAUACGUUGUUAAAUAUGUUUUGAAAUAGGUGGUACAUGUUUCUCAGCUGUUAAAGGUAGAGUCAGCGAUAUGACGUAGAUGCAGAAAGUAAAGAGCAAAGUGGGUUAAUUUCCGCAACAACUAAGAGUGUUGAAGCGCUGUUUUGGUCCCGUGGCUACCACGAUGUGAAUGCGUGAAGCAAACUCGUGCAGAUGCGCAGAUAAUGUGUGUGACUGUGCGAGAGCGAAGUCAUGCAUCUUGCUCAUCGCAAUAUCUGUGGUGCUGCUCGUGGCAAUGUCAUUUCGCCGACUCUAUCUUUAAGGUUUAUGAAUAACCCCCAUUGACCUUCAGUAAGCCUCCAUAAACACUACUAGUUCUCAACAGUGUGGGGACAUUUAGUUCAACUAGUAAUUUAAAACCUGUUAGGGCUAGGGGGCA